AUGACAGCCGGCGAUUUCUCAGCGGAAGAUCUGGAAGGAAACCUGGCCGUCCUUCCCGAAAUCCCGAUCUCGACUACUGUGAAGGUGAGCAUUGAGGAUCUGCAGGCUGGGCAAAUAAUCUGGAAGAAACGACAUCUUCUUAUCGGCAAAGGGAAUGCCUUACCCCCGGCGGCCAAGGGCGUCGUAUGCGAUAUCGAUGUUGGAAAUGCGAAACCGAUCGCACUGCGAACCCGGAAAGUGCCCACGCGAUUUCGUGAAAAAGUCGCAGGCCUGAUCAAGGGCCUCCUGGCCGCCGAGAUCAUCCGACACUCGACAUCACCAUGGGCCUCACCGAUCGUGAUUGUUCGCAAGAGUAAUGGUGUGGAUAUCAGGUUGUGCAUUGAUUACAAGUUGGUAAACAGCCUCACAAGGCUGAUGGUCUACCCUAUGCCUCUGAUCAGCGAUCUGCUAGAAGAUCUGGAUAAAGCACUAUGGUACUGUUCGCUGGAUAUGGCUAGCGGUUUCUGGGUCGUGCCCAUGACGGAUCGGGCUCGCGAGAUCUCAGCAUUUAUCACCCCGUUUGGAUUAUUCGAAUGGAGUCGCAUGCCAUUUGGUCUAAAGAAUGCCCCUCAGAUUUAUCAACGCCUCGUAGACAACGCGCUGUAUGGAUUUCUGAAGAUCUCGCGGUCCGGCGACGCUGGGACUACGACUGACGUGUUCCAGACAGGGAUCGCGGACGAUCCAGGUCGCGAGUCA